GCUAGCGAAAAUAGCAUCAAAUCUAACUACACCUUCGGAAAGAGUACGGGGUGAAACAAGUUAAGAAACCUAAGCUAAAUUGCUCGCCGCCAAAAUGCAGAUAACAUUAAAAACUCUCCAACAGCAGACAUUUAAAAUCGACAUAGACGCAGAGGAGACGGUAAAAACCUUAAAGGAAAAAAUUGAGAAUGAGAAGGGAAAAGAUGGUUUUCCUGUUGCUGGACAAAAGUUGAUAUAUGCAGGGAAAAUCCUAAAUGAUGACACAGCCCUCAAGGAGUAUAAGAUUGAUGAGAAGAACUUUGUGGUCGUCAUGGUGGCAAAGCCUAAAGCAGCCCCAGCAGCUGCCCAGCCUUCCAGUGCUACCACAACCACCACCUCCAGCACUACAGUCCCCACAGUACCCGCUGCUGCCUUGUCAGGCUCCGAUAACCCACCCGAGGGGGGCAAACCAGAGGACAAACCAGCUGAGGAGAGGCCCUCCAACACCUCAGCCCCAGCAUCAACUCCAACCAGUUCGUCUGGUCUCUUGGCCAAUGUGAACAUGUUCGAGGAGGCAACUUCUGCUCUAGUGACAGGCCAAUCAUAUGAGAACAUGGUGACCGAGAUGAUGCUGAUGGGCUAUGAGAGGGAGCAGGUGGUGGCAUCACUCCGAGCCAGCUUCAACAACCCAGACAGAGCUGUGGAGUACCUGCUUACAGGGAUCCCAGCUGGGGAGGAGGGCCAUGUAAGUGCUGACCCAGUGGUGCCCCCUGUGGGUGGAGGAACUCCAGCUCUGAACACAGGCAGUAUGACCACCCCAGCCAGCACAGGCUCCCUAGCCAGCGCUGCAACAGGAGCCAACCCUCUGGGGUUCCUGGUUAACCAGCCCCAGUUUCUCCAGAUGAGACAGAUCAUCCAGCAGAACCCCUCUCUGCUCCCUGCCUUACUACAGCAGAUAGGGAGGGAGAACCCCCAGCUUCUGCAACAAAUCAGCAGCCACCAAGAGCAGUUCAUCCAGAUGCUGAACGAGCCAGCCCAGGAGGGGGGUCAGGGAGGAGGAGGAGGGGGAGUAGGUGGUGGAGGAGGUGUUGGAGUGGGGGUCGGUGGGGAGGCUGGAAGUGGCAUGAACUAUAUUCAGGUCACACCCCAGGAGAAGGAGGCCAUUGAGAGGCUAAAAGCCCUAGGAUUCCCUGAAGGACUUGUUAUACAGGCCUACUUUGCCUGUGAGAAGAAUGAGAACUUGGCUGCUAACUUCCUUUUACAACAGAAUUUUGACGACGACUAAAAAGGGAGCCAUGGUAGUCAUUUCGGUCCUUAUUUUUUUUCUCUACUUUUUGAUUGAUCAAUAUUGGAUGAGCAUAAAUAAAACAUGGCCUUCGCAUUUUCCCAAAUUUUACUACAAAUACAUGAUACGUAUUUUUUUGUGAAAUAAAAGCUGUUACUCUGAUCACCUUAAUUGAGUAAAAGAUACUUGGUUCAUCAGA